GUUCAGCACAGAGAAGCCUACAUCACUGUCUGUCAAAGAAAAUGAUACUGUUGCUGUAGACCUAACAAUAUUGCCAGUUACUCCAUCUGGUAACCAAACAGAAGAUUAUCCUUCCUCUACCCCAGAUAGUGUGGUAGAUCACCUUGAUCAUACCCAAGAAACGUUCAUCCCAAAGGAUUACGUCAGCAGUACAGUGAAAUCCUUUUCCAGUACUGACAGUGGAACUUCAUUGUCCUCUAAAAUAGCUUCAAUGCUCAGCACCACAGAAAGUUCUGGGGAUGGCACAGAUGAUUUCACGAAAGACUCACUCAUAACAGCAACUGUGUCUUCAACACAAGGAACAGUAUCACCAUCUGUGGUAGCAUCUCUGACCCCUGAGAAAAGUGAGACUUUGGGAACAGCCUCUACUGCAGCAACAUUGCUCAGCAGUACAGACAAAGUUUUGUCUGAAACCUCAGCAAGAACACAACAAAUUUUCACAUCAAGCAAACCUCAUGAUGAGUCAACAAAACCUGAAGCAUCCUCAAUUAAGUUAUCGACAGACGCCCAUAGAUUGAGCGUGGAAACAAGUGUGCCAUCAAGCAAACCCACAGCACGUCCCACAGGUUCUUCACUGUUCAGCACAGAGAAGCCUACAUCACUGUCUGUCAAAGAAAAUGAUACUGUUGCUGUAGACUUAACAAUAUUGUCAUUUAGUCCAUCUGUUAACCAAACAGAAGAUUAUCCUUCCUCUACCUCAGAUAGUGUGGUAGAUCACCUUGAUCAUACCCAAAAAACGUUCAUCCCAAAGGAUUACGUCAGCAGUACAGUGAAAUCCUUUUCCAGCACUGACAGUGGAACGUCAUUGUCCACUAAAAUAGCUUCAAUGCUCAGCACCACAGAAAGUUCUGGGGAUGGCACAGAUGAUUUCACGAAAGACUCACUCAUAACAGACACUGUGUCUUCAUCACAAGGAACAGUAUCACCAUCCUUGGUAGCAUCUCUGACCCCUGAGAAAAGUGAGACUUUGGGAACAGCCUCUACUGCAGCAACAUUGCUCAGCAGUACAGACAAAGUUUUGUCUGAAACCUCAGCAAGAACACAACAAAUUUUCACAUCAAGCAAACCUCUGGAUGAGUCAACAAAACCUGAAGAAUCCUCAAUUAAAUUAGCGACAGACGCCCAAAGUUUAAGUGUGGAAACAAGUGUGCCAUCAAUGAGUGUGGAAACAAGUGUGCCAUCAAGCAAACCUACUUCACGUCCCACAGGUUCUCCGCUGUGCAGCACAGAGAAGCCUACAUCACUGUCUGUCAAAGAAAAUGAUACUGUUGCUGUAGACCUAACAAUAUUGCCAGUUAGUCCAUCUGGUAACCCAACAGAAGAUUAUCCUUCCUCUACCCCAGAUAGUGUGGUAGAUCACCUUGAUCAUACCCAAGAAACGUUCAUCCCAAAGGAUUACGUCAGCAGUACAGUGAAAUCCUUUUCCAGUACUGACAGUGGAACUUCAUUGUCCUCUAAAAUAGCUUCAAUGCUCAGCACCACAGAAAGUUCUGGGGAUGGCACAGAUGAUUUCACGAAAGACUCACUAAUAACAGUCACUGUGUCUUCACCACAAGGAACAGUAUCACCAUCUGUGGUAGCAUCUCUGACCCCUGAGAAAAGUGAGACUUUGGAAACAGCCUCUACUGCAGCAACAUUACUCAGCAGUACAGACAAAGUUUUGUCUGAAACCUCAGCAAGAACACAACAAAUUUUCACAUCAAGCAAACCUCAUGAUGACUUAACAAAACCUGAAGCAUCCUCAAUUAAGUUAUCGACAGACGCCCAUAGGUUGAGCGUGGAAACAAGUGUGCCAUCAAGCAAACCCACAGCACGUCCCACAGGUUCUCCGCUGUUCAGCACAGAGAAGCCUACAUCACUGUCUGUCAAAGAAAAUUAUACUGUUGCUGUAGACCUUACAAUAUUGCCAGUUACUCCAUCUGGUAACCAAACAGAAGAUUAUCCUUCCUCUACCCCAGAUAGUGUGGUAGAUCACCUUGAUCAUACCCAAGAAACGUUCAUCCCAAAGGAUUACGUCAGCAGUACAGUGAAAUCCUUUUCCAGUACUGACAGUGGAACUUCAUUGUCCUCUAAAAUAGCUUCAAUGCUCAGCACCACAGAAAGUUCUGGGGAUGGCACAGAUGAUUUCACGAAAGACUCACUAAUAACAGCAACUGUGUCUUCAACACAAGGAACAGUAUCACCAUCUGUGGUAGCAUCUCUGACCCCUGAGAAAAGUGAGACUUUGGGAACAGCCUAUACUGCAGCAACAUUGCUCAGCAGUACAGACAAAGUUUUGUCUGAAACCUCAGCAAGAACACAACAAAUUUUCACAUCAAGCAAACCUCAUGAUGAGUCAACAAAACCUGUAGCAUCCUCAAUUAAGUUAUCGACAGACGCCCAUAGAUUGAGCGUGGAAACAAGUGUGCCAUCAAGCAAACCCACAGCACGUCCCACAGGUUCUUCACUGUUCAGCACAGAGAAGCCUACAUCACUGUCUGUCAAAGAAAAUGAUACUGUUGCUGUAGACCUAACAAUAUUGUCAGUUAGUCCAUCUGUUAACCAAACAGAAGAUUAUCCUUCCUCUACCCCAGAUAGUGUGGUAGAUCACCUUGAUCAUACCCAAGAAACGUUCAUCCCAAAGGAUUACGUCAGCAGUACAGUGAAAUCCUUUUCCAGUACUGACAGUGGAACUUCAUUGUCCUCUAAAAUAGCUUCAAUGCUCAGCACCACAGAAAGUUCUGGGGAUGGCACAGAUGAUUUCACGAAAGACUCACUCAUAACAGUCACUGUGUCUUCACCACAAGGAACAGUAUCACCAUCUGUGGUAGCAUCUCUGACCCCUGACAAAAGUGAGACUUUGGGAACAGCCUCUACUGCAGCAACAUUGCUCAGCAGUACAGACAAAGUUUUGUCUGAAACCUCAGCAAGAACACAACAAAUUUUCACAUCAAGCAAACCUCUGGAUGAGUCAACAAAACCUGAAGCAUCCUCAAUUAAGUUAUCGACAGACGCCCAUAGAUUGAGCGUGGAAACAAGUGUGCCAUCAAGCAAACCCGAAGCACGUCCCACAGGUUCUUCACUAUUCAGCACAGAGAAGCCUACAUCACUGUCUGUCAAAGAAAAUGAUACUGUUGCUGUAGACCUAACAAUAUUGUCAGUUACUCCAUCUGGUAACCAAACAGAAGAUUAUCCUUCCUCUACCCCAGAUAGUGUGGUAGAUCACCUUGAUCAUACCCAAGAAACGUUCAUCCCAAAGGAUUACGUCAGCAGUACAGUGAAAUCCUUUUCCAGUACUGACAGUGGAACUUCAUUGUCCUCUAAAAUAGCUUCAAUGCUCAGCACCACAGAAAGUUCUGGGGAUGGCACAGAUGAUUUCACGAAAGACUCACUCAUAACAGCAACUGUGUCUUCAACACAAGGAACAGUAUCACCAUCUGUGGUAGCAUCUCUGACCCCUGAGAAAAGUGAGACUUUGGGAACAGCCUCUACUGCAGCAACAUUGCUCAGCAGUACAGACAAAGUUUUGUCUGAAACCUCAGCAAGAACACAACAAAUUUUCACAUCAAACAAACCUCAUGAUGAGUCAACAAAACCUGAAGCAUCCUCAAUUAAGUUAUCGACAGACGCCCAUAGAUUGAGUGUGGAAUCAAGUGUGCCAUCAAGCAAACCCAAAGCACGUCCCACAGGUUCUUCACUAUUCAGAUCAGAGAAACCUACUUCACUGUCUCUCAAAGAAAAUGAUACUGUUGCUAGAGACCUAACAAUAUUGCCAGUUACUCCAUCUGAUAACCAAACAGAAAAUUAUCCUUCCUUUACCUCAGAUAGUGUGGUAGAUCACCUUGAUCAUACCCAAGAAACGUUCAUCCCAAAGGAUUAUGUCAGCAGUACAGUGAAAUCCUUUUCCAGUACUGACAGUGGAAUUUCAUUGUCCUCUAAAAUAGCUUCAAUGCUCAGCACCACAGAAAGUUCUGGGGAUGGCACAGAUGAUUUCACGAAAGACUCACUCAUAACAGCAACUGUGUCUUCAACACAAGGAACAGUAUCACCAUCUGUGGUAGCAUCUCUGACCCCUGACAAAAGUGAGACUUUGGGAACAGCCUCUACUGCAGCAACAUUGCUCAGCAGUACAGACAAAGUUUUGUCUGAAACCUCAGCAAGAACACAACAAAUUUUCACAUCAAGCAAACCUCUGGAUGAGUCAACAAAACCUGAAGCAUCCUCAAUUAAGUUAUCGACAGACGCCCAUAGAUUGAGCGUGGAAACAAGUGUGCCAUCAAGCAAACCCACAGCACGUCCCACAGGUUCUUCACUGUUCAGCACAGAGAAGCCUACAUCACUGUCUGUCAAAGAAAAUGAUACUGUUGCUAUAGACCUAACAAUAUUGUCAGUUAGUCCAUCUGUUAACCAAACAGAAGAUUAUCCUUCCUCUACCACAGAUAGUGUGGUAGAUCACCUUGAUCAUACCCAAGAAACGUUCAUCCCAAAGGAUUACGUCAGCAGUACAGUGAAAUCCUUUUCCAGUACUGACAGUGGAACUUCAUUGUCCUCUAAAAUAACUUCAAUGCUCAGCACCACAGAAAGUUCUGGGGAUGGCACAGAUGAUUUCACGAAAGACUCACUCAUAACAGCAACUGUGUCUUCAACACAAGGAACAGUAUCACCAUCUGUGGUAGCAUCUCUGACCCCUGAGAAAAGUGAGACUUUGGGAACAGCCUCUACUGCAGCAACAUUGCUCAGCAGUACAGACAAAGUUUUGUCUGAAACCUCAGCAAGAACACAACACAUUUUCACAUCAAGCAAACCUCAUGAUGAGUCAACAAAACCUGAAGCAUCCUCAAUUAAGUUAUCGACAGACGCCCAUAGAUUGAGCAUGGAAACAAGUGUGCCAUCAAGCAAACCCACAGCACGUCCCACAGGUUCUUCACUGUUCAGCACAGAGAAGCCUACAUCACUGUCUGUCAAAGAAAAUGAUACUGUUGCUGUAGACCUAACAAUAUUGUCAGUUAGUCCGUCUGUUAACCAAACAGAAGAUUAUCCUUCCUCUACCCCAGGUAGUGUGGUAGAUCACCUUGAUCAUACCCAAGAAACGUUCAUCCCAAAGGAUUAUGUCAGCAGUACAGUGAAAUCCUUUUCCAGUACUGACAGUGGAACGUCAUUGUCCUCUAAAAUAGCUUCAAUGCUCAGCACCACAGAAAGUUCUGGGGAUGGCACAGAUGAUUUCACGAAAGAAUCACUCAUAACAGCAACUGUGUUUUCAGCCAAUGGAACAGUAUCACCAUCUGUGGUAGCAUCUCUGACCCCUGAGAAAAGUGAGACUUUGGGAACAGCCUCUACUGCAGCAACAUUGCUCAGCAGUAUAGACAAAGUUUUGUCUGAAACCUCAUCAAGAACACAACAAAUUUUCACAUCAAGCAAACCCCUGGUUGAGUUAACAAAACCUGAAACAUCCUCAAUUAAGUUAUCUACAGACGCCCAAAGAUUGAGUGUGGAAACAAGUGUGCCAUCAAGCAAACCCACAGCACGUUCCACAGGUUCUCCACUGUUCAGCACAGAGAAGCCUACAUCACUGUCUGUCAAAGAAAAUGAUACUGUUGCUAUAGACCUAACAAUAUUGCCAAUUACGCCAUCUAGUAACCAAACAGAAGAUUAUCCUUCCUCUACCUCAGAUAGUGUGAUAGAUCACCUUGAUCACACCCAAGAAACGUUCAUCCCAAAGGAUUACGUCAGCAGUACAGUGAAAUCCUUUUCCAGUACUGACAGUGGAACUUCAUUGUCCUCUAAAAUAGUUUCAAUGCUCAGCACCACAGAAAGUUCUGGGGAUGGCACAGAUGAUUUCACGAAAGACUCACUCAUAACAGCAACUGUGUCUUCAGCCAAUGGAACAGUAUCACCAUCUGUGGUAGCAUCUCAGAACCUUGAAAAAAGUGAGACUUUGGGAACAGCCUAUACUGUUGCAACAUUGCUCAGCAGUACAGAAAUAGUUUCAUCUGAAACCUCAGCAAGAACACAACAAAUUUUCACAUCAAGCAAACCUCUGGAUGAGUUAACAAAACCUGAAGCAUCCUCAAUUAAGUUAUUGACAGACGCCCAUAGAUUGAGUGUGGAAACAAGUGUGCCACCAAGCAAACCCACAGAACGUCCCACAGGUUCUCUGCUGUUCAGCACAGAGAAGCCUACAUCACUGUCUGUCAAAGAAAAUGAGACUGUUGCUGUGGACCUAACAAUAUUGCCAGUUACUCCAUCUGGUAACCAAACAGAAGAUUAUCCUUCUUCUACCCAUUAUAGUGUGGUAGAUCCCCUUGAUCAUACUCAAAAAACGUUCAUCCCAAAGGAUUACGUCAGCAGUACAGUGAAAUCCUUUUCCAGUACUGACAGUGGAACUUCAUUGUCCUCUAAAAUAGCUUCAAUGCUCAGCACCACAGAAAGUUCUGGGGAUGGCACAGAUGAUUUCACGAAAGACUCACUCAUAACAGCAACUGUGUCUUCAACACAAGGAACAGUAUCACCAUCUGUGGUAGCAUCUCUGACCCUUGAGAAAAGUGAGACUUUGGGAACAGCCUCUACUGCAGCAACAUUGCUCAGCAGUACAGACAAAGUUUUGUCUGAAACCUCAGCAAGAACACAACACAUUUUCACAUCAAGCAAACUUCAUGAUGAGUCAACAAAACCUGAAGCAUCCUCAAUUAAGUUAUCGACAGACGCCCAUAGAUUGAGCAUGGAAACAAGUGUGCCAUCAAGCAAACCCACAGCACGUCCCACAGGUUCUUCACUGUUCAGCACAGAGAAGCCUACAUCACUGUCUGUCAAAGAAAAUGAUACUGUUGCUGUAGACCUAACAAUAUUGUCAGUUAGUCCAUCUGUUAACCAAACAGAAGAUUAUCCUUCCUCUACCCCAGAUAGUGUGGUAGAUCACCUUGAUCAUACCCAAGAAACGUUCAUCCCAAAGGAUUACGUCAGCAGUACAGUGAAAUCCUUUUCCAGUACUGACAGUGGAACUUCAUUGUCCUCUAAAAUAGCUUCAAUGCUCAGCACCACAGAAAGUUCUGGGGAUGGCACAGAUGAUUUCACGAAAGACUCACUCAUAACAGCAACUGUGUCUUCAACACAAGGAACAGUAUCACCAUCUGUGGUAGCAUCUCUGACCCCUGAGAAAGGUGAGACUUUGGAAACAGCCUCUACUGCAGCAACAUUGCUCAGCAGUACAGACAAAGUUUUGUCUGAAACCUCAGCAAGAACACAACACAUUUUCACAUCAAGCAAACCUCUGGAUGAGUCAACAAAACCUGAAGCAUCCUCAAUUAAGUUAUCGACAGACGCCCAUAGAUUGAGCGUGGAAACAAAUGUGCCAUCAAGCAAACCCACAGCACGUCCCACAGGUUCUUCACUGUUCAGCACAGAGAAGCCUACAUCACUGUCUGUCAAAGAAAAUGAUACUGUUGCUGUCGACCUAACAAUAUUGUCAGUUAGUCCGUCUGUUAACCAAACAGAAGAUUAUCCUUCCUCUACCCCAGGUAGUGUGGUAGAUCACCUUGAUCAUACCCAAGAAACGUUCAUCCCAAAGGAUUAUGUCAGCAGUACAGUGAAAUCCUUUUCCAGUACUGACAGUGGAACGUCAUUGUCUUCUAAAAUAGCUUCAAUGCUCAGCACCACAGAAAGUUCUGGGGAUGGCACAGAUGAUUUCACGAAAGACUCACUCAUAACAGCAACUGUGUUUUCAGCCAAUGUAACAGUAUCACCAUCUGUGGUAGCAUCUCUGACCCCUGAGAAAAGUGAGACUUUGGGAACAGCCUCUACUGCAGUAACAUUGCUCAGCAGUAUAGACAAAGUUUUGUCUGAAACCUCAGCAAGAACACAACAAAUUUUCACAUCAAGCAAACCCCUUGAUGAGUUAACAAAACCUGAAACAUCCUCAAUUAAGUUAUCUACAGACGCCCAAAGAUUGAGUGUGGAAACAAGUGUGCCAUCAAGCAAACCCACAGCACGUCCCACAGGUUCUCCACUGUUCAGCACAGAGAAGCCUACAUCACUGUCUGUCAAAGAAAAUGAUACUGUUGCUAUAGACCUAACAAUAUUGCCAGUUACGCCAUCUAGUAACCAAACAGAAGAUUAUCCUUCCUCUACCUCAGAUAGUGUGAUAGAUCACCUUGAUCACACCCAAGAAACGUUCAUCCCAAAGGAUUACGUCAGCAGUACAUUGAAAUCCUUUUCCAGCACUGACAGUGGAACUUCAUUGUCCUCUAAAAUAGCUUCAAUGCUCAGCACCACAGAAAGUUCUGGGGAUGUCACAGAUGAUUUCACGAAAGACUCACUCAUAACAGCAACUGUGUCUUCAGCCAAUGGAACAGUAUCACCAUCUGUGGUAGCAUCUCAGAACCUUGAAAAAAGUGAGACUUUGGGAACAGCCUCUACUGUUUCAACAUUGCUCAGCAGUACAGAAAUAGUUUCAUCUGAAACCUCAGCAAGAACACAACAAAUUUUCACAUCAAGCAAACCUCUGGAUGAGUUAACAAAACCUGAAGCAUCCUCAAUUAAGUUAUUGACAGACGCCCAUAGAUUGAGUGUGGAAACAAGUGUGCCAUCAAGCAAACCCACAGAACGUCCCACAGGUUCUCCACUGUUCAGCACAGAGAAGCCUACAUCCCGGUCUGUCAAAGAAAAUGAGACUGUUGCUGUGGACCUAACAAUAUUGCCAGUUACUCCAUCUGGUAACCAAACAGAAGAUUAUCCUUCCUCUACCCCAGAUAGUGUGGUAGAUCACCUUGAUCAUACCCAAAAAACGUUCAUCCCAAAGGAUUACGUCAGCAGUACAGUGAAAUCCUUUUCCAGUACUGACAGUGGAACUUCAUUGUCCUCUAAAAUAGCUUCAAUGCUCAGCACCACAGAAAGUUCUGGGGAUGGCACAGAUGAUUUCACGAAAGACUCACUCAUAACAGCAACUGUGUCUUCAACACAAGGAACAGUAUCACCAUCUGUGGUAGCAUCUCUGACCCCUGAGAAAAGUGAGACUUUGGGAACAGCCUCUACUGCAGCAACAUUGCUCAGCAGUACAGACAAAGUUUUGUCUGAAACCUCAGCAAGAACACAACACAUUUUCACAUCAAGCAAACCUCUGGAUGAGUCAACAAAACCUGAAGCAUCCUCAAUUAAGUUAUCGACAGACGCCCAUAGAUUGAGCAUGGAAACAAGUGUGCCAUCAAGCAAACCCACAGCACGUCCCACAGGUUCUUCACUGUUCAGCACAGAGAAGCCUACAUCACUGUCUGUCAAAGAAAAUGAUACUGUUGCUGUAGACCUAACAAUAUUGUCAGUUAGUCCGUCUGUUAACCAAACAGAAGAUUAUCCUUCCUCUACCCCAGGUAGUGUGGUAGAUCACCUUGAUCAUACCCAAGAAACGUUCAUCCCAAAGGAUUACGUCAGCAGUACAGAGAAAUCCUUUUCCAGCACUGACAGUGGAACGUCAUUGUCCACUAAAAUAGCUUCAAUGCUCAGCACCACAGAAAGUUCUGGGGAUGGCACAGAUGAUUUCACGAAAGACUCACUCAUAACAGCAACUGUGUUUUCAGCCAAUGUAACAGUAUCACCAUCUGUGGUAGCAUCUCUGACCCCUGAGAAAAGUGAGACUUUGGGAACAGCCUCUACUGCAGUAACAUUGCUCAGCAGUAUAGACAAAGUUUUGUCUGAAACCUCAGCAAGAACACAACAAAUUUUCACAUCAAGCAAACCCCUUGAUGAGUUAACAAAACCUGAAACAUCCUCAAUUAAGUUAUCUACAGACGCCCAAAGAUUGAGUGUGGAAACAAGUGUGCCAUCAAGCAAACCCACAGCACGUCCCACAGGUUCUCCACUGUUCAGCACAGAGAAGCCUACAUCACUGUCUGUCAAAGAAAAUGAUACUGUUGCUAUAGACCUAACAAUAUUGCCAGUUACGCCAUCUAGUAACCAAACAGAAGAUUAUCCUUCCUCUACCUCAGAUAGUGUGAUAGAUCACCUUGAUCACACCCAAGAAACGUUCAUCCCAAAGGAUUACGUCAGCAGUACAUUGAAAUCCUUUUCCAGCACUGACAGUGGAACUUCAUUGUCCUCUAAAAUAGCUUCAAUGCUCAGCACCACAGAAAGUUCUGGGGAUGUCACAGAUGAUUUCACGAAAGACUCACUCAUAACAGCAACUGUGUCUUCAGCCAAUGGAACAGUAUCACCAUCUGUGGUAGCAUCUCAGAACCUUGAAAAAAGUGAGACUUUGGGAACAGCCUCUACUGUUUCAACAUUGCUCAGCAGUACAGAAAUAGUUUCAUCUGAAACCUCAGCAAGAACACAACAAAUUUUCACAUCAAGCAAACCUCUGGAUGAGUUAACAAAACCUGAAGCAUCCUCAAUUAAGUUAUUGACAGACGCCCAUAGAUUGAGUGUGGAAACAAGUGUGCCAUCAAGCAAACCCACAGAACGUCCCACAGGUUCUCCACUGUUCAGCACAGAGAAGCCUACAUCACUGUCUGUCAAAGAAAAUGAGACUGUUGCUGUGGACCUAACAAUAUUGCCAGUUACUCCAUCUGGUAACCAAACAGAAGAUUAUCCUUCCUCUACCCCAGAUAGUGUGGUAGAUCACCUUGAUCAUACCCAAGAAACGUUCAUCCCAAAGGAUUACGUCAGCAGUACAGUGAAAUCCUUUUCCAGUACUGACAGUGGAACUUCAUUGUCCUCUAAAAUAGCUUCAAUGCUCAGCACCACAGAAAGUUCUGGGGAUGGCACAGAUGAUUUCACGAAAGACUCACUCAUAACAGCAACUGUGUCUUCAACACAAGGAACAGUAUCACCAUCUGUGGUAGCAUCUCUGACCCCUGAGAAAAGUGAGACUUUGGGAACAGCCUCUACUGCAGCAACAUUGCUCAGCAGUACAGACAAAGUUUUGUCUGAAACAUCAGCAAGAACACAACACAUUUUCACAUCAAGCAAACCUCUGGAUGAGUCAACAAAACCUGAAGCAUCCUCAAUUAAGUUAUCGACAGACGCCCAUAGAUUGAGCAUGGAAACAAGUGUGCCAUCAAGCAAACCCACAGCACGUCCCACAGGUUCUUCACUGUUCAGCACAGAGAAGCCUACAUCACUGUCUGUCAAAGAAAAUGAUACUGUUGCUGUAGACCUAACAAUAUUGUCAGUUAGUCCGUCUGUUAACCAAACAGAAGAUUAUCCUUCCUCUACCCCAGGUAGUGUGGUAGAUCACCUUGAUCAUACCCAAGAAACGUUCAUCCCAAAGGAUUAUGUCAGCAGUACAGUGAAAUCCUUUUCCAGUACUGAUAGUGGAACGUCAUUGUCUUCUAAAAUAGCUUCAAUGCUCAGCACCACAGAAAGUUCUGGGGAUGGCACAGAUGAUUUCACGAAAGAAUCACUCAUAACAGCAACUGUGUUUUCAGCCAAUGGAACAGUAUCACCAUCUGUGGUAGCAUCUCUGACCCCUGAGAAAAGUGAGACUUUGGGAACAGCCUCUACUGCAGCAACAUUGCUCAGCAGUAUAGACGAAGUUUUGUCUGAAACCUCAGCAAGAACACAACAAAUUUUCACAUCAAGCAAACCCCUGGAUGAGUUAACAAAACCUGAAACAUCCUCAAUUAAGUUAUCUACAGACGCCCAAAGAUUGAGUGUGGAAACAAGUGUGCCAUCAAGCAAACCCACAGCACGUCCCACAGGUUCUUCACUGUUCAGCACAGAGAAGCCUACAUCACUGUCUGUCAAAGAAAAUGAUACUGUUGCUAUAGACCUAACAAUAUUGCCAGUUACGCCAUCUAGUAACCAAACAGAAGAUUAUCCUUCCUCUACCUCAGAUAGUGUGAUAGAUCACCUUGAUCACACCCAAGAAACGUUCAUCCCAAAGGAUUACGUCAGCAGUACAGUGAAAUCCUUUUCCAGUACUGACAGUGGAACGUCAUUCUCCUCUAAAAUAGCUUCAAUGCUCAGCACCACAGAAAGUUCUGGGGAUGGCACAGAUGAUUUCACGAAAGACUCACUCAUAACAGCAACUGUGUCUUCAACACAAGGAACAGUAUCACCAUCUGUGGUAGCAUCUCUGACCCCUGAGAAAAGUGAGACUUUGGGAACAGCCUCUACUGCAGCAACAUUGCUCAGCAGUACAGACAAAGUUUUGUCUGAAACCUCAGCAAGAAUACAACAAAUUUUCACAUCAAGCAAACCUCUGGAUGAGUCAACAAAACCUGAAGCAUCCUCAAUUAAGUUAUCGACAGACGCCCAAAGAUUGAGUGUGGAAACAGGGGUGCCAUCAAGCAAACCCACAGCACGUCCCACAGGUUCUUCACUGUUCAGCACAGAAAAGCCUACAUCCCUGUUUGUCAAAGAAAAUGAUACUGUUACUGUAGACCUAACAAUAUUGCCAGUUACUCCAUCUGGUAACCAAACAGAAGAUUAUCCUUCCUCUACCUCAGAUAGUGUGGUAGAUCACCUUGAUCAUACCCAAGAAACGUUCAUCCCAAAGGAUUACGUCAGCAGUACAGUGAAAUCCUUUUCCACUACUGACAGUGGAAAAAAAUCAUUACCCAGUGUCCACAUGCCUUCAGUAAAAGAUACUUACACAGACAUGGAAAGUUCAACUGAUUUACCUGACGAAGAAUCGUCAAGUAAUGAUGAAUCUGGAUCAGGGCUUACAGAAUUUACAACAGAAUCACUUAUUGAAUUUAUUGUGACUACAGAUGAAGCUGAAAUAAAUGAGACAGGUAGCACAUUAAAAAUUGUUAGUACUGCUUCAUCAACAUACUCUCUUACUUUGCCAUCAACCCAAUCUUCACAUCUUGCCAGCAAGUCUCUACCUCUUGAGCAGAGCAGUGUGGACUUUUCAGUUGACAUUUCCAGUGCCAAUUCUUCUGAGUCAUUCACAUUUAAACCUAGUAUUAUUUUAGAAAGAAAACCUUUUUUGUCUACUGCCCAUACAGUUGACCCGCAGGCUACUUUUCUUUACAGCACAGAAAAAGCAAUAGCAAGCUCUCUUGACAUCCACACCUCAGUUAAUAUAUUUCCGACUUUUCACAGCACUGAGAAGCCAUCAGUACCAACAGCUUUCAAAGUUUCUCCCUUCCAUACAGUGAGGACACAGUCUCCACCUGAGAUCUUAAAUCUAAGCCGAGUUCAACUGUUAACAGAGGAUAAGACUUCUGGUGACCCAGCAAAUGAAUCAUUCAUCUCAAAACUAUUAGUGUUGGGAAACUUCACAUCUAGUACACCAACCGGUAAAACUGAAUCUUUGCCUGCUCUUGAUAAUCUUUCCUUCUCACUUGAAGGGGAAACUGCUGAAUACACCAAGGAUUCCUUAAUUUCUCAAGCAACUGAUUCAAGCACAGGAAACGAUGGAGCAAAUUUGCCAAGAAAUACAUUGCACCCGUCCCAUACAGCAUCUCUCCUUACACCUGAGUCUUUAAAAAGUGAUCAGACAGUGCCCGACUUUACUUCAGAAACCGUUAGCAGUUUAAAGGAUAAGGUUAGUUCCAUUCCCACUGCAUUUCCAACUAUCAUAUAUAGAAGCAUAGCAGACCAGCAAGUUGGUAUUAUUACUCCUAGCACCAAACAAGUGGAGACUAUAAAAGCUGGACAAACCCCCACAAUGGUUCUCCAUGAGCCUAAAGCAUCAAUAAGCGUUUACAAAAUUUUCACAGAGGAAGCAAAGGAGAAUAAUGAACUAAUAUCUGGAGGUACAGAAAGUCUGACGCCAGAAAGCAUAACUUCUGAGUUUAUCACCAAGGACAAUGCAAUCAUUGAUACCAUUUCAACAGCUCAGGUUCCUUUCUUUUACCCAACUGUCUUGACAUCUGGAGGUAUCAAAGCAGAUACAAAGGCACAAAAGCUUAAGAUAAUGGAAGAAACAGAGGGUUCAGGAACUGCUAGGUCUGCCAUUUUAACACCUACCCCAAGUAUUUUGUCUGCUGCUCCUAAGUCUGAAUCAGUCACACUUACAAGUCAUGGCAUAAUUUCCACAAUGAGGACAGAACGUGACUCAGCGAAAACAAGUGAAAAUUAUGAUGACUUAUCUGUAAAAAUGAUAACAUCUUCUGUCUAUUCUAUGUUUAGUACUCAAAAACCAACUCUUGACACAAAGGAUAUAGUUCCAGGUGACCUAGACCAAAGUAUCUUUACUCUGAGCACAGCUGAUAGUAAUAUUUCAGAAAACACAACUCUAUUAUCUGAGACACUUGAAACAGAAACUCCAGUAUCCAUCCCAGAAGAAACCUUCAAAACCACUGAAAAGGAUGAAACUCAAACUUUACACAGUAGUGGAGUUUCAGAACAAAAGAAAGAAUUUUUACCCAUUGGGAGAAUAACUUCAGCUCCAACUCAUGAGGAAAUUACAUCAUCUGUAGAAAUAUCACCAAAUGCAUCCACGGUGUCUUUUCCACAAAGCACUCCUAAGUCAAAGGUUACAGUUCAGUUUGUUACCACCUUUGCACUACAACCAGAUACAAUCCAAACUGUGGAGACAUUCCAACAUGCUAGGUCUGAGCCUCAUCAGUUUAGAAAUGAUAGUUCUUUGGAAUCACUUAAACAAGUGAGGUCAGAGAUCCAAUCAACACAAACCCCCCAGGCAAACCAUAACUCUCAAGAUGCAUCACUCACGACAAUUCUCCCCAUCUCUACAAGUCAUCAAGGAAGUCAAAUAACGAAAUUCACAGCUAUUCAUCCUGGAGAUCAUUCUGUGACUGAAGCUGGAUCUGUGUUGGAGGAUGGAAAGACACUCAAACUAAAGACAAAACCAUCUUCAGACACAAAGUAUAUUGAUAACAUAGAUUAUACAGCCCCAGAUUAUGAUUUGGUAGACCCUAUCAGACUUGAAUCGGUUCCUAAAUACAAAAACAAUUCAAAAGAAAUGGAAGACUCUUUAGCUAAACCACAAACUCCAAUCAGCACAUCACCAAUAUCUUUUUAUGAAAGUGGUUCAGAAAGCACCAGUAGCUCUGAAGAAAGCAUGCCCUUGACAAGCACUGCAAAAGUGGACAGUUAUGUUCGUGGUAAAAUCCCCUCUGACCUCCUGUCUCCUACUACUACCAUGUCUUCUGUCCUUGAUCCAGGACUUCAGUCUGUCAAUUCAUUGACUAUGUCAGUCAAACCUUAUAAAGAAAAUACCAGGAGACUGGAAGAGCAGCUACGUUUGACAGAUGAGAUCCUUGCUGUAUUUAAAGAAUAUUCAACAGCUGCUUCAAGGACAGAGACUUUCAAUUCUGAUAAUACCUUGGGGAAUGUACAAAAUCUGAGCACAGUUCCUAUGGAAAACAGUGAGAUAACUUCGAGGAUCCCUGCUAAGUCUGCAUCAUCCACAACACAAAGCAUGCAAGAAUCAGCUACAUCUGUGGCCACCACAGCUUUACCCAUUCCUGUGGAAGAUGGCAAACAACCUGGCGAUUUACUUUCAUCUGUUACUGAAGGAGGACAGUCUCUAGAGAAAAAGGAAAAAUCAACCCCACCCCCCGUGGCACUGGAUUUGGGGCACACUGUUGUUGGCGAGACGAUGGAAAUUCCUGGACUGUACUCCUGUGCCAAAAACAUCUGCCUAAAUGGAGGAUCUUGCUACAAAAGUGGCAGUGUCCUUUCUUGCAGCUGUGCUCCCGGUUACACUGGUCCUCUUUGUGAAAACGACAUUGAUGAGUGUCAUUCAAAUCCUUGUCGCAAUGGAGGCACAUGUGUAGAUGGGCUGGCCUCCUUUUCAUGUGUUUGUCUUCCAAGCUACACUGGACUCUACUGUGAAAGUGACACAGAAACAUGUGAGUAUGGCUGGCACAAGUUCCAGGGCCACUGCUACAAGCACUUCCCCCAAAGGAAAAACUGGGACUCAGCAGAGCGAGAAUGCCGCAUGCAGGGGGCUCACCUCACCAGCAUCCUCUCACAUGAGGAGCAGCUGUUUGUCAACCGUCUCGGACAGGACUACCAAUGGAUUGGCCUAAACGAUAAAGUGUUUCAGAAUGACUUCCGCUGGACUGAUGGAAGUGUUGUGCAAUAUGAACACUGGAGGCCCAACCAGCCUGACAGCUUCUUUUCCUCUGGUGAGGACUGUGUGGUGCUGAUCUGGCAUGAGGAUGGACAGUGGAAUGACGUUCCUUGCAACUACCAUCUCACCUACACCUGCAAAAAGGGCACAGUUGCCUGUAGUCAACCCCCUGUGGUAGAAAAUGCCCGCACUUACGGAAAGAAGCGGGAAAGGUACGAAAUCAACUCGCUGGUGAGGUACCGGUGCCGGACAGGCUUCAUUCAGAGACACGUUCCAACCAUACGUUGUCGUGGGGAUGGACGAUGGGAUGUUCCUAAAAUCACCUGCUUAAACCCUUCAAGCUACCAGAGGAGCUUUAUAAGAAGACAUCAACAUCAACACAGAAGUUUGUAUAGCGUCAACAACUUCAAAAAAUGGCAGGAGGACUCCUUCCAUUCAGGCUAUAGGCGCUACCGGGGAAGGAGAGACAGAAAUGAGCACAAAAGAAAAAAGGUUGUUAGUUCCAAGUAAAGGAAAUGCAGCUGCCUGAUAGCUGUUCGGGAGGAGGAAAAGCAACAAAGCACAAGGGGGAAAGCUCAUCAAAGGAACCAAAAGGAUAAAGUACAAUUCUUCUGCAUUUUGAAAGACAAUGGAAAACUAUGAAGUGCCUUAAACAUGUUAUUACAAAACAUUUUGUAUGAAAGGGAACUUUGAUACAUCCUAAUUGGAUUUCCAGAAAGUUGCAAGUUUGCCAAUGGAGAACCAAAAGCUCUGUUUUUUUUCUUUUCAUAAAUAUCAGCUGUGCCAUUUAAAACCACCUCAAGUGUUUCCUAUUAGCAGAGUGAGCGGUUGGAAGUGUUACUUUUCAGCAUGAGCUGCAUUCAUCCAUAAGAAGCUCUUUCAAAAUGAGAACUGGACCCAACGUUUGAUGAUCCAAUGCUGAACACAAAUCAAGGUUUUACUGUGCAGCGCUCAGUGUUAAAAAAUCUACCAAAAAAA